CGACCACCCAAGAACCGCGGCGACACUGCCAGUCUCAUCGACGGCGAUGGCGGUGGGCGCAAAGGCACUUCCACAAAUACCCCCAACAACGACGAUGCCAACGACAACGAUGCCAACAGCGAAGACGACGAAGACGGCGGCGACGACGUCAACACCCUCGAAGGCGGCAAAUUGACCAAAGCAGCAAUGGACGCAGAAAAAGAGCGCAAGGCCAUGUUUAGCACACACAUCCACCCCGCUCACGCCGAAAUCUACGAAACCUGGAAUCGCAUACAUCUGAAAAAGGAAGUCGUGCGCAGACUAGCCAAUCAGACACUCUCGCAAUCUGUUCCUGCCAGCGUCGUCACAACCAUCAAUUCGUACACCAAAGUUUUCGUGGGAGAGAUUGUGGAUCGUGCCAGGGAAGUUCAGAAAGAGUGGCUUGCUGCUGCUGAAAAAUUGCCGACCGGUGAUAAAAACGAGGAGGCAUUUGGUAAGGAUGGCGAAGGAGAGCCGAAGGUCAGGGAACGUGAUCGAGGACCACUGCUACCCGAUCAUUUACGUGAAGCACUCCGGAGAUACAAACACGACAGAUCUGGAGGUACCGUGGGUUUCACCGGCAUCAGUCUGGAAGGCAGAGAAUCCGCUGCUGUCAGAAACGGCGGUAGGAGACUUUUCAGAUGA